GGGCCAUCAAACGGCCACCCAGCAACGACUACCCUCACAAAAGAGGGCCAGACGAGACCAUACGAGUACGAGGACGCUCGCCCACACCUCGAAGACGCGCAAAACGGAAUAGCCUGUCAUACGCCCGCCAUGCCCCGAUCAAUCUCGCCCCGCUCGCCCUCGCGUUCUCGAUCACGCUCCCUCUCGCGCUCGCGGUCACCGUCUCGCUCGCCAUCACGCAGCCCCAGCCCACGGCGCGAGCCUAAUCCAGAGGCCGAGGCAUGUCCCUUCCUCAUCCGCGUGUUCGUCACCAAGAACAAGCACACGCCACUGAUCGACUUUGACGACGGCAAGUUUCCCGUCCGGGACGAGUUUGAGGUCUACGGAUGGACCCACUCAACACCGACGUCGCUCAUCCAGCAACUCUACUCGGUCUUCCCUCCAACAUACCGCUCCCCUCUGGCUCGGUACGCCUUCAGACACGUAUACGUCGACGCGUCUGAAAGGGGUCUGUACCGCUCCAAAGACCUGGUCAACUUCAGUGGACGCGACUUUAUCGCCACUGUUGACCGAGCACGAGAGGAGGAAGGCGACGAGCCGAUGGACCGUGAGCUCGGUGAUGCGCCGGCGCGCGGCAGGACAGUAGAGGAGAAGACGCUGGACGGGUACGGCUUUAUCACUGGCGAUCUGUUGUCCGUGUCGAUCCAUGUGCCCGAGCCACGGGCACCAGCACCAACCAACGGUGCGGCAUCGAACGGCAAGCCUGCAGGGCGGUUUGGCGGCCGGGGUGAGCGCGAGCGCGACGCACCACCCCACACGCGCGCUGAUGGCGCCUGGGGCCGUGCUGGCGCUGCGCUAGCCCAGGCCGACCGCGAGCGUGACCGCGGCAGUGGCAGUUGGCGUGGUGGCGGUGGAGGUGGGGGAGGUGGUGGACGAGGUGGCGGUGCGCGUGCUGGCGGCGCAAGGCGUCCCAGUCCUGACUGGGGAGGAGGAGGCCGAGGACGAAGCCGGAGCGCGAGUCCUGCUCGUCGUGAAAGCUGGUCGUCUCGCCGAUAG